AUGCUUUCCUCUCUCUUCCCUGUGGGCCCGCAGGUGGCUCUGGCGACUGAGAUGGCAUCCCCUCUAAAGGGCCUAGGCCCUCUCUUGGCCCUGCUGUUUUCCCUAGGCGGGCUGCUUGUACACAGCCAGAACCUCUCCUGGAGGGAAUUCAUGAAACAGCACUACCUGAGCACAAGCUGGAAAUUGAGCGACUACAAAUGCAAUGAUCUCAUGAGGGAGAGAGAAGCUCCACAAGACAGGAACUAUCACAUCUUCAUCUAUACCUUUUGGCACAAAAUCGAGCAUAUUUGCCUCAGGAAGUGGAGAGACCGUUACAGAAAUGUAUAUAUAUGGGCCCAGCAUCCCUUCAAAAUACUCAAGUGCUACCAGGAGGGUAACCAAAAGAGCUACAGGGAGCACAGCAGCUACAGCUAUAUUGAAUUCCACUGUGGUGCAAACGGGUAUGUCGAUGGCAUAGAGGACAUCCAGCUGUUAGACAUCAAAAAAUAGAAAGUCUACCCACACCCCCAGGUUCGAGUAGCGUGUCCAGCACUUCCCAAGUGGGAGCCCCUGCCUACGUCAACAGCCCUUGCUACUCCUUCCUUUGCAUUUAUGUGCCAAUGUUUUCCAAUUACUUAGAGUUAUGCGUCAUCCCAUGCUUUCUUCCUAUCAAAACCACCUGCACGGUUUCUGUGCCCAGGAUACCCUUGUGCCCUCAUUUAUCUGACUUGCUCUUAUAGUUUGUUAAGAUUAAGCUCAUACGGUUUCUCUGUUUUACUGAACCAAGGACGUUCCUGAUAGUGACUCUCCUUAUACUGACCCAAGCUGAACGGUCUUCCCUUCCCUAAAUAGAGUAUGUCAUUCCAACAUGUGUGACAUUUAUAUAUGUUACGGGUUGUAUGAUUGGAGGAGUGAUACAGAUUAUGCUUGGAUACGAUGUGUGCAGAGUGUAAGUUUAAGGUGUGUGUCAUUGGACUCAUCCCUUAAACAAGUCUCUAAGGAAAUGCAUGCAUUUUAGAUAGGUUAAGGCAUUAUGUUUCUUGAGGAAUAAUAAAUCAAGUAGAAGAUAAUGGCAGAAAUGAGGUUAUCUGAUAAAAAUCAUUUUCACUAGGCAGACAUAUAGAGUGGGAUAUGGGACUUUAAAAUGUAACCUUCAAGAAUGGGUCUCAAGACUUAAAUUUUGUCGGAGGAAAGAGGAAGUAAAUUGCAGAAGGAACUGUUGAAGACACAAGUAAGUAACGUCCAUGAGAAUUCUGUUUGCUAAAUGGGGAAGAGAGACACAGAGAAAGAUAAACCGUCACUUCAUAUAAUUUUGCCUCGAACAGGUAUG